AUGCCAAUCCAGCGCGUCGCCGGCUUUGUUAGCUCGUUAGCAGCAAUCCGAUUGGCAGACGUGGCUGGCGAUGCGCAGGAAGAGGCCAAUUUGCCAGACGUUGCAUUCGCCGCAUUCAAUUGGGGCGGACAAUGCGUCGGAGGCAACCGCAGUGUUGUCGCUGACCCGACGCUCGGGAGCGAUCGCACUGGCCGCGUUGACAACUGUUUUGACCAGGAAUGUACGGAGAUUGAGAUUUCUGAUCUUCUGUGUGAGACUGGUGUGAGUACAGUUUUUAGAAUCGACCCCUUGCCCUUCACGUCACUCGAUCGUGAGACAUUCGCAGCUGAGCCAUUGCAGAUACGCAAGAUGGCGUGUCUUAGAGAUCGUUCGACGGGUGCCAAUAGCGGCGGGGGCGGUCUAUUUGCGGAUGUGGGCCGAGUCAGUGGGCCAGCGGUCGCCGGGCCAGGUGCCCGACCAUCGGGCUAUUUCGAACACUAUUCGAUUUCACUAAACGGCGUCGGAAUAACAGAGCGCGUC